AACGUAGGAGAGAGCUCAUCAGCAAUGGCAAGAACAAAGCAGACCGCUCGUAAAUCUACCGGAGGCAAAGCCCCAAGGAAGCAGCUCGCUACUAAAGCCGCCCGUAAGAGCGCCCCGGCCACCGGUGGAGUGAAGAAGCCUCAUCGUUACAGGCCCGGCACCGUGGCUCUGAGAGAGAUCCGCCGUUAUCAGAAAUCAACCGAGUUGUUGAUCCGCAAACUUCCCUUCCAGCGUCUGGUGAGAGAAAUCGCUCAGGACUUCAAGACGGAUCUGCGCUUCCAGAGCUCUGCUGUCAUGGCCCUGCAGGAGUCCAGUGAGGCUUACUUGGUCGGUCUGUUCGAGGACACCAACCUGUGCGCCAUCCACGCCAAGAGAGUCACCAUCAUGCCCAAAGACAUCCAGCUGGCCCGCCGUAUCCGCGGAGAGCGCGCUUAAGACCACGUAACAGAAUUUAACCCAAACGGCUCUUUUAAGA